AUGUUCCUGAUAGCCAAAAUCUGCAUCUUUGACCCUGAGCAGAAGAAUAGCCGCGAGGCAGAAGUGUCCCAGACUACUGAAACCACCAUCCUAUCCCCAUUUCUCAGCAGCUUAUGCAACACCAAGAAACGGGUUCGGAUCCAGAAACGCAAAGCUGCCUUGAAGUAUAUGUUGAACCUCUCUCUUCUUGGUAUGGUGGUAACCCUACUGUCCAUCUUCAUUAGACUGAUGGAAUCACUGGGGGGCUUAUUGGAGGGCACAUUGCCUGGGAGUCCCUGGACCACCAUAGGUCAACUAGCCAACACAGAGCCUUCCAAGGGCCUUCCAGACCAUCCAUCUAGAGGAGUGCAAUAA